GGGAAAGGACCGGCUGGUUCCACCUCCGCCACCGAAACCCCGCCGUACACCCGGGUGGGAGAUUCCCGGGGCGGGGGGGGAUUCCGGCGGGGUCUCCUCCUCCUCCCGCAGCGCCCAGCACGGCGGGGGGCGGCCGCGGGGCCCUGCCCAAUCUCGGCGGCCGGGCCCGGCUGCGCGUUGGCUGCCGGCGGCGCCGCUCAGUGAGGCUGCGCUGAGGCUGCGGGGCCGGAUGGCCGAGCCGCCCGCCCCGCUCACUCGGGCGGCGGCCGGCGGCGGGCGAGGAGCCGGGGCGAGCCCUCCCUUGCCGGGAGAGCCAGCCCUGCGGCACGCAGCGCCAUGGUCUCAUGGAUCAUCUCCAGGCUAGUGGUGCUUAUAUUUGGUACUCUUUACCCUGCAUAUUAUUCUUACAAAGCCGUGAAAUCAAAGGACAUCAAAGAAUAUGUCAAAUGGAUGAUGUACUGGAUCAUAUUCGCACUCUUCACGACAGCAGAGACAUUCACGGAUAUUUUUCUUUGCUGGUUUCCAUUCUACUAUGAACUCAAAAUAGCUUUUGUAGCUUGGCUGCUGUCUCCAUACACAAAAGGCUCCAGCCUUCUGUAUAGGAAAUUUGUUCAUCCAACGCUGUCUUCAAAAGAAAAGGAGAUCGAUGACUGCCUCGUCCAGGCAAAAGACCGGAGCUACGAUGCCCUCGUGCACUUUGGGAAGCGGGGGCUGAACGUCGCAGCCACGGCAGCUGUCAUGGCAGCUUCAAAGGGACAGGGGGCCCUGUCUGAGAGACUAAGGAGCUUUAGCAUGCAGGAUCUCUCGACGAUUCGUGGAGACAGCAGCAGCACUGUUCCUCCUUCAGUCACUGUACGAACAAGUAGCAAACAGAACCAGCCAAAAACAUCGAGAAGUGCAUCAGAAGGCACUGGCAGCUCAGAUGAUGAAGAGAAUGAUUCACUGGAUUGUGCUUCCAUGAACAAAAGGCCCAAAAAGAAGGAUCGACCCCUUGAGGCACCGCCUAGGACCCUUAGACCUCGCUUCAGGAAGAAAAGUACCUCGUCCUCUGCCACUGAAACAAUGUGAGUGCAAUGAGCCAAUAGCACCAAGAUCCACAGAAUGUCUCUCUUCUGCCUUAAAGAGCUACUCGUUAAUCAUGUAGGAAACAGCAGUGGGAUGGAUGUGCUUUGAUGUACAGCAUUGUAGACAUGGCCUUUCUCUCUCCUCUCUCUGUAUCCUCUGUUACACGCUUCUCGCGUUUGUCCAUGGUGUGGGUAGCACAGUCGGGCAGACACCUGCAGGUUAAGAGUCCUUGUUUUGUUUGCAGAGUGUACACCCACUCGUGCUAAUCCUGUACGGCUGUACAUUUACAAUUCUCAUUUGUGUCUGCAUAGCUCUAGCUCUGUGAAUGCACAGCAGAAACAAAAAUAAUCAUGUUGAUACAUUGACAGUGUAUUUAUUUAUGGCUUUAUCAUUAAUGAUGUGGUUUUGCAGAAGCCAUGGAUUUCUCUUUCCUCCCUUCCUCUUCAAGACUCUGAAUGAUGUAACAAAUGUCAGAGUACUUUGUACAAAAUGUCUAAGAUUCAUUAGCAAAAGCUGACCUGCAACUCUGUUUCACUCUCUGCAAGUAAAUCAAGUGUUCUGAGAAAAUCAUUGUGCCAAAAAUCGUAGAGGCAGAACCACUUACAGAGGACGAGGAAGAGACGUGCAAGAGAAAGUGAAUGGUUUCAACAUUGUAAUGAAGGGGGAGUCUUAAUUUUGAUCAGCCUGAGCCAGGAGAGUAUUGUGUGGAAAACGAUGGCAGCUAGAAGAACUAGGUAGUAUUGCUUGUGGCAAAUGUUCUACUGCCAGUUUUAAAGUGUGAGCAAGCCAGGCUUGUACUAGCCACAGCGACAGAAGUUAGAAUCACUUUCGUGAUGCACUUCCAGGGGAAAAUGCACCUUUCUUCCCUGCCUGCAUCAGUGUCAGCCCCAGUGCUCUGCUCUCCUGGUGAGGUGCUGCUGCUCUACUUGCACGAGCAGAGCAGGGCUCUGGGCCUGAGCUGCUUUUCGGAGCCUGGAGUUUUGCCUGUAGCAUGGGGUUUGGUUAGAACCACAAGAACCAGACGCAGUGGUGUAUUUGUAUCCAUAUAUAAAUGAGAAAUAUAAAAGAAGGGGAAGAUGUGGUAGGGUUUGUGUAUUUGUGCUUCAAGUUGGUGUCUCUUGUAAGUGUAGAGCAUGUGAGAUUCACACGUAAGUUAAUUACGUAGCCCUUUGUGUUUGCUCUUGGACCUCUCACAUAGACUAGAAAAACAUUAGCAUUAUGUAGAGCGUGCCAUCACUAUUGGAUCAGUGCAGGGGCUUGGUGAUGAACAGUGCUGUUAAUCUAGUUCAGGUGCAGCAGUCCAGGAUGCCAACAGCCGGCUGGAGUGUAUCAGGCUCAAAGAUAAAUCUAAAGUGGCCUUUAAAACCUUUUCUCUGCCACGUAUGCGUUGAUAUCCCAGCUGUCCCUGCCUGAUGGAUCCCUGAGGUUUCCCCCAGAGCUUCCUACAUGUAUGGGGAAGAGAGAAAAAAAUUAUGCACACGCACAAAUGUUUAUCUGACCUGGCUAGGAAGUGGAAGAGGCAAGCAGGAAUUUCCUGUCCCUGCCACAAUAUUUGGCCUCAUUACCUGAGAAUUUAAUUUCCUUUACAUGUGCUAAUUCAAUCAUAUUUUGCAAUGGGUAAGAAGGAAAAAGUCUUCAGAAAGUAAACUGAAAAAACCAACAAACCUGUCUAUAUAGCAGUUACAGAAGAGUCAGUCCUUGGAAGAUACUCAGCAAAAGCUUUGAGGAGCUAAGCUUGUGUGUUUUAUUUUUAAGCAGCUUUAGAGUUUAUUUGGUUUCCUUUGGCGAACGUUAAAAAGAAAUAGCAAACCUGCCUGCAGUGUUAGCAGAAAAUAAAAUGAUGUUGCAAGCAAGCUAUAUUUCCCUGAUAUGCAAUGGGCUGCCAUAAAAUAAAAAAGAAGCUGACAAGUUUGCACUCAAGUAUGCCAAAAAAACCAACAACAUAGAGCUACAUAACAUCUGAUAAAUUCUAUUCUCAGACAUGUUGUAUUAACAUCGAUUCUCACUAAAAUUAUUAAAUGUGCGUCUAAUCUGCUGUUUUACUGUAAACUUGACUGUUUAGCAUUUCUUAAGUGCUGAGGUGAAAUUGUUGACAAGGGAGUUGCCUUAUAUCUCUCAAAACAUUCACUGUAUAAAUGAGAAAAAUAAACCUUUUCAUAUCUCUGGCAAAAAUGUAUUAUCAACUGAGCUGUAUAUUUGUGUAUAGAUAGACAAGAAAUGUGAAUGCCUAACCACGUACACUUAGUGCUGUAGUGUUCUGUGUACAGAAGAGAACGGUCGUUUGCUUUUGAUUCCUCAUUUUCCACACACAGGUUGUUUACAGGUGUUGCUCCAAGUCUGUCAUGUCAUUCUUUGGCUACUCGCGUUCGUUCUGAAUAAACACCAGACACGA